UCGAAUUGACACAAGUCAACAUUCAAUAUCAAAAUUUUUUUCAUAAUGGUUGAAUUGAAAAGCAUGAAAAAUUACAAUGCCAUUCCCAUUCUGCAAGUUUGUCCAGGAAAGAUAACUAAAGUUUUAAGAAGCAAUUUACUGCAAGAUUCCAGCAACAGGGAUUCAAUCGAAAGAUCCUUUUUCACACCCACAGGACCUCCCCCUGCAUCUACUCGCGAUGGGACCCGUUUCGAAUUGAGAAUAGUCAAAAUAAAAUUGGCAAAGAGUAUUUUAGAUCCUUUGAGAACCAACAGUGAAAACCUGAACAUCUGCUGGCAAAUAAUGGAUUUCCCCGAAUCUAUCUUGAAGUCUAACAUCGAUAAAGAGGAAACAGAACUUGAAUUAUCCGUACUCUACAAAAUAAAGGACUUCCAGAAGUUUUCCGAAUAUUUAGAAAUGAAUAUCGUCACUUUCGACCUGAUUGUAGAGAAGGAAGAUGACUUUUUAAAAUUGGCAAAGGGUGAAAUUUUCAUGUCCAGAGCUCUGAGAUCUCCCAAAACGAAAGUGUACGAUCAGGUUGAUCUUUAUCAUUCUACGGUAGACGACGAUAAAUCGAUAUUGGUAGGCACGUUAAACAUAUGGUAUCAGCUGCAUAGCGAGGAAGAAUCUGAUGCAGACGUAAAUCCAUCCUUAAAAAAAUCUCUCACUUCCAUUUUGACUGCUCCCAUAUCUCUGCGAUCUGGUAGUAUCUACCUGCCAGAUCAUCAGCCUCCAAGUCGAAAGGUCUCCACCUGCACCCUUAGCAGCUUCACCAAGAACAACCAGCAGGUGACUGAAGCUGAGGUUAAGAAGUUCCAAGAGGACCUCUUUCUCGUCCUCAACCGUAACAAGGCCCUUGGGACCACGCAGGGCGAAAUAGAUAGGGAGCUCAAGGACAGGGCAGAAUGGCUCAACGAAGAAGCCAUCUGGAGAAGAACGCUGCAAGAACACGCCAUCCUUAGCGGUAAAGAUCCAUUCGAUGUGAAGUGGAGACAGUGGAGAGACUGCGACACCUCCAAAGUUGUCCUACGUUCUUUUCCCAAGAGCCCAACUUAUUACUCCCCAAUUUUGGACAUAACCAUUGUUCAGGUGGUCUUUUCACCAUCUACGUCGCCUUACCAGCAUGAAGAAGUGGAGCAAAUCUACGUGGAGUACUCCUUCCUCAACAUGGAAGGUCCAGAACUGGAAUCAGAUGUCACCUUGCCCAAACCUCAACCUAACGAGCCUGCAGUCUUCGAUUUCAAGAAGAGUUUCGGUAUCGACCUGAAGGAGAAUAGGAGGAAUUGUCUGCUCGUUUCGGAGAUGAUAAGGGAGAAGGUCUCUUUGAAAGUUUCUGUUGUCAGCGAACCGAUACCUAGCUAUGAAGUACCCAUACAGACCUGCGAAGAAAUAGGUUACUCUGAGGUUGAUUUCUUCAAUUUGGUACAAAUGGAAGAGAACGAAUGUGAAAUCGAGUAUCCUGUUCUGGAUAGCACCACGAAGGAGACCAUUGGAAGCAUGACAGUGAGAUUUGGAGGGAUACUUGCCCUCAGAAAGAUGGCUCUGCUUGUACUGGCUCCAAAGGAUUACAAUAUAAUUGUAUGAUACACGAAGGAAUUAUGGUAACAGGAUUAACUAUAAAAGACAAAGAGGAAAUGAAUAAGAUCAAAAUGAACGGACGCAGAACUGAGA